UCUGCAAUGGAGAACUACGAGCUAAUCGAAAAAAUUGGUGAGGGCACCUACGGCGUGGUCUUCAAAAGCCUCAAUCGCCGGCAACAAUGCAAUGUGGCACUGAAGAAGAUUCGAAUCAAUUCUGACGACGAAGGUGUACCGUCAACGGCCAUCCGAGAGAUCUCGUUCCUCAAGGAACUCAAACAUCCCAACAUUGUGGAGCUGCAGGAAGUGGUCGUCAAGGAGAAGAGCAUCUACUUGGUGUUCGAGUAUCUCUCCAUGGAUCUGCGCAAGUAUCUGGACUCACUGCCAAAGGGAAAGCGUCUGGAACGCAAUCUGGUGCGCAGCUAUAUGCGUCAGGUGACAAGUGCCAUUCUGUUCUGCCAUCGCCGGCGCAUACUGCACCGGGAUUUGAAGCCGCAGAACUUGCUCAUCAACCGACACGGUCGCAUCAAGGUGGGAGACUUCGGGUUGGCACGCGCCUUCUGCGUGCCCAUUCGGGUUUUCACGCACGAGGUCGUCACACUGUGGUAUCGGGCCCCCGAAAUUCUUUUGGGUUCCACGCGCUACGCAUGUGCCAUGGAUAUCUGGUCGAUCGGUUGCAUCUAUUUCGAGAUGACCACUGGCAGGCCCCUGUUUGCGGGCGACUCUGAAAUCGAUCAACUGUUUUGCAUCUUCCGAAUACUGGGCACUCCCACCGAGGAUGCGUGGCCGGGGCUGAGCACGCUGCCACAUUUCAAGAACACCUUUCCCAACUGGACGCACAGACUGCUGGACAGUUUGAUUUUGGAGGUUGAAGCGUCGUGCUUCCAAGAAUCUGGACUCGACUUGUUGAAGAAAAUGGUGAACUAUGCGCCGGAGAAACGCAUUUCGGCGAAGGAAAUGUUGGAGCACAAAUACUUUGAGGGUUUCCUAUCGGAAUGAGCUCCUCAGUUUAUGUUUGUUACCUCAACAUUUACAAAUGUCGAACAGUUAAAUGACUCUUUUAUGGUGAGCGGGCGCAUAACGUAGGCUUCUCACGCACACUUCCCCAUUACAACAUUCAUUAAACAUGUAUGUCUAUGCAAAUAUUGACUUUGGCCCUCACAUUGCAAGAAAAUAAAACACUCACAAAUGUA